UUUUAAACUUUUGGAAUUUACAAGAAACCCUCCCCUCCUCCACCCCCAAAUCAAAAAGUCCCAACAAAAUUCCCCUUUGAUCUUCAUCACUCUCAUUCUCUCAACUUCGAUUACAAAACUUUCGAUCCCCACUUGAUAGAUCGAGAAAGAUGGUGAGUUCGUCAGUCGUUAACACCUACCCUUUAUCGAGCUACUCUUUCGGCACAAAAGAACCCAAAAUGGAGAAAGAUACCUCUGUUGCUGACCGUCUUGCUCGUAUGAAACUCAACUAUAUGAAGGAAGGUAUGAGGACCAGUGUCGAAGCAAUCUUACUGGUGCAAGAGCAUAAUCAUCCCCACAUUCUUCUUCUGCAAAUCGGCAACACAUUCUGUAAACUUCCUGGUGGUCGACUGAAGCCUGGAGAAAACGAAGUUGAAGGCUUGAAAAGAAAAUUGUCAAGCAAACUUGCUGCUAAUUCCCCUAAUAUGCAACCUAAUUGGCAGAUUGGUGAGUGUGUGGCUGUAUGGUGGAGGCCAAACUUUGAAACUAUUAUGUACCCAUAUUGCCCUCCGCACAUCACAAAACCCAAGGAAUGCAAGAAGCUUUACGUUGUUCACUUAUCGGAAAGAGAGUACUUUGCCGUGCCCAAAAAUCUGAAACUUCUCGCUGUACCACUCUUUGAGCUUUACGAUAAUGUUCAGAGAUAUGGACCGGUAAUUUCAACUAUUCCUCAACAACUCUCCAGAUUCCAGUUCAACAUGAUUUCUUCAUGAACGUGCGUUAGGUUCGAGCAUUUGCAUUCAGAAAUUUAGAUCCGAUAUCAAACUUUCUUCAAAAGUAUCGUAUUAAUAGAACCCCCCGACCUAUAGAUUAAAUUCAGUCUUUAACUUUGGCAGUUUGUUGUACUUGUUUGUGAUAGAGAUUGUUCACUUCAGUUUGCUGCUUAAGACGAUAUAUUGACUAUUUUGACUUAUAUGUUGUUCAUCGAAGUCGCCCUUUUCUUUGGUCAAUACAGUCGGUUGGACUUGGAAG